CCAUUUUUGUACGAAGGAAACACGUUUGGCGCAAAGGCAGAUCGACUUCUUUCAAUUUAUCCUUCACUUUAUUCAAUAAAACGGGUUAUCACCAUAACUAGACCAAACCAAGAUGGCUUUUCCCUAUACCGUUAUUGGUCCAGGGGGACAGCCAUUUAUCAUCACAGGCCAGGUACCAGUGAUGCAGCAAGCUAUGGUACCACAGAUGCCUGUUGUUAGUCAAGCUGCAAUGGGACCUCCCAUGCAUCAACAACAAUCACAUCAACCAAUGGCCCAACAGCCAGAAUAUUUAAAUGAAGAAAAAUUACAAGAAAAAGCAAGGAAAUGGCAGCAGCUUCAGUCAAAAAGAUAUGCUGAGAAACGUAAAUUUGGCUUUAUUGAUGCCCAGAAAGAAGACAUGCCUCCAGAACAUGUUCGUAAAAUUGUGCGAGAUCAUGGAGAUAUGACAAAUAGAAAGUUCCGUCAUGAUAAAAGAGUAUAUUUAGGAGCAUUGAAGUACAUGCCCCAUGCUGUAAUGAAACUGAUGGAGAAUAUGCCUAUGCCUUGGGAACAGAUCAGAGAUUGUAAAGUAUUGUAUCAUAUUACUGGAGCUAUCACAUUUGUAAAUGAAAUACCCUGGGUUAUUGAACCAGUAUAUAUUGCACAGUGGGGGACAAUGUGGAUUAUUAUGAGAAGGGAAAAGAGAGAUCGAAGACAUUUUAAGAGGAUGAGAUUUCCUCCAUUUGAUGAUGAAGAACCACCAUUAGAUUAUGCUGAUAACGUGUUAGAUGUUGAACCACUAGAAGCUAUACAACUUGAAUUAGAUCCCGAGGAAGAUAAAGACAUAGCCGACUGGUUUUAUGAUCAUAAACCUCUUUCUGAUUCCAAGUAUGUGAAUGGAACAACGUAUAGAAAGUGGAACUUAAGUUUACCAAUCAUGUCAGUACUAUACAGAUUAGCUAAUCAGCUUCUUACUGAUUUAGUCGAUGAAAAUUUUUUCUAUCUGUUUGAUCUUAAGUCAUUUUUCACAGCUAAAGCUUUAAAUCUAGCUAUUCCUGGUGGACCUAAGUUUGAACCACUUGUUAAAGACAGAGACUGGCAAGAUGAAGAUUGGAAUGAGUUUAAUGAUAUCAAUAAGAUUAUUAUACGUCAACCAGUUAGAACAGAAUAUAGGAUAGCUUUUCCUUAUCUAUAUAAUAACAUGCCUUAUAAAGUUCAUCUUUCAUGGUACCACACACCAAAUGUUGUAUUUAUUAAAACAGAAGAUCCAGAUUUACCUGCCUUUUAUUUUGAUCCGUUGAUCAACCCUAUAUCUCAUAGAAAUGUCGUUAAGAGUGCUGAUCCAUUACCUGAAGAUGAUGAGGAGUUUGAAUUACCAGAAUAUGUCCAACCAUUCCUACAUGAGACACCUCUCUAUUCUGAUAAUACAGCUAAUGGUAUUGGUUUAAUAUGGGCCCCAAGACCGUUUAACUUACGAUCUGGUAGAUGUAGAAGAGCUAUUGAUGUACCUCUAGUGAAAAAUUGGUAUAGAGAACAUUGUCCAGCUGGAAUGCCAGUUAAAGUUCGAGUCUCAUACCAGAAACUUCUCAAAUAUUUUGUCAUCAAUGCCCUGAAACAUAAGCCACCAAAGGCUCAAAAGAAAAGAUAUCUGUUCCGAUCUUUUAAAGCAACAAAGUUUUUCCAGACCACACAACUGGAUUGGGUAGAAGUUGGUUUACAAGUUUGUCGUCAAGGUUACAACAUGUUGAAUCUGUUGAUCCAUCGUAAAAAUCUCAACUAUCUCCAUCUGGAUUAUAAUUUUAAUUUAAAACCAGUUAAAACUCUUACAACUAAGGAAAGAAAGAAAUCUAGAUUUGGUAAUGCUUUCCAUCUGUGUCGUGAAAUAUUGAGAUUAACUAAAUUAGUUAUAGAUGGACAUGUACAAUAUAGACUGGGUAAUGUGGAUGCUUAUCAGUUAGCAGAUGGUAUACAGUAUGUAUUUGCUCAUGUUGGUCAGUUAACUGGUAUGUACAGAUAUAAAUAUAAACUAAUGAGACAGAUUAGAAUGUGUAAAGAUAUCAAACAUCUUAUAUAUUACCGUUUUAACACUGGUCCCGUUGGUAAAGGACCAGGAUGUGGUAUUUGGGCCGCAGGUUGGAGAGUCUGGUUAUUCUUUAUGCGUGGUAUAACACCACUGUUAGAAAGAUGGCUGGGUAAUCUUCUCUCAAGACAGUUUGAAGGAAGACAUUCUAAAGGUGUAGCUAAGACUGUAACUAAACAGAGGGUAGAGAGUCAUUAUGAUUUAGAAUUGAGAGCUGCUGUUAUGCAUGAUAUAUUAGAUAUGAUGCCAGAAGGUAUUAAACAGAAUAAAGCUAGAACUAUUCUACAACAUCUUAGUGAAUCAUGGAGAUGUUGGAAAGCUAAUAUACCCUGGAAGGUACCUGGAUUACCCACUCCAAUUGAAAAUAUGAUUCUCCGAUACGUUAAAGCUAAAGCUGAUUGGUGGACAAAUACAGCUCAUUAUAAUAGAGAGAGAAUUCGACGAGGAGCCACAGUUGAUAAAACUGUAUGUAAGAAGAAUCUAGGUAGAUUGACUCGUCUUUACUUGAAAGCUGAACAAGAAAGACAACAUAAUUACUUGAAGGAUGGUCCGUAUAUCACAGCAGAAGAAGCUGUAGCUAUAUAUACUACCAUGGUACAUUGGUUAGAAAGUCGAAGAUUUUCACCUAUACCAUUCCCUCCUCUGUCUUAUAAACACGACACAAAACUACUUAUCUUGGCUCUAGAGAGAUUGAAAGAAGCUUAUAGUGUAAAGAGUAGAUUAAAUCAGUCACAGAGAGAAGAGUUAGGUUUAAUAGAACAAGCUUAUGAUAAUCCUCAUGAAGCUUUAUCUAGAAUUAAACGUCAUUUGUUAACACAGAGAGCUUUCAAAGAGGCUGGUAUAGAGUUUAUGGAUCUAUACAGUCAUUUGAUACCAGUAUAUGAUGUUGAACCAUUAGAGAAGAUAACUGAUGCCUAUCUAGAUCAAUAUUUAUGGUAUGAAGCUGAUAAAAGACGUCUAUUCCCAUCCUGGAUUAAACCAUCAGAUUCCGAACCUCCACCACUUCUCACUUAUAAAUGGUGUCAAGGUAUUAACAAUUUACAGGAUGUAUGGGAUACAUCAGAAGGUGAAUGUAAUGUCAUGUUAGAAUCACGUUAUGAGAAGAUGUACGAGAAAAUAGAUUUAACAUUAUUAAACAGAUUGUUACGUCUUAUAGUAGAUCAUAAUAUAGCUGAUUAUAUGACAGCUAAAAACAACGUAGUUAUCAACUAUAAGGACAUGAACCACACCAACUCAUAUGGUAUAAUCCGUGGUCUACAGUUUUCAUCCUUCAUCGUACAGUUCUAUGGUCUGGUAUUAGAUCUCUUAGUGCUAGGUUUACACAGAGGUAGUGAAAUGGCUGGUCCACCACAGAUGCCGAAUGAGUUCCUUACAUUUCAAGAUGUGGCUACAGAGACAUCUCAUCCUAUUCGACUUUAUUCUCGUUAUAUUGAUAAAAUACACAUAUUCUUCAGAUUUUCUGCAGAAGAGGCUCGUGAUUUGAUACAGAGAUAUUUAACUGAACAUCCUGAUCCUAAUAAUGAGAAUAUUGUAGGUUAUAACAAUAAGAAAUGUUGGCCAAGAGAUUCCAGGAUGAGAUUAAUGAAACAUGAUGUUAAUCUGGGAAGAGCUGUAUUCUGGGAUAUUAAGAACCGUCUGCCUAGAUCAGUAACAACUAUCCAAUGGGAAAAUAGUUUUGUGUCUGUCUAUAGUAAAGAUAAUCCUAAUCUGUUAUUUAAUAUGUGUGGAUUUGAGUGUCGUAUUUUACCCAAAUUACGAACAACACAUGAAGAAUUUACACAUAAAGAUGGAGUUUGGAAUCUACAGAAUGAGGUAACAAAAGAAAGAACAGCUCAAUGUUUUCUACGAGUUGACGAUGAUUCUAUGGGUAAAUUCCACAAUCGGGUUCGACAAAUUCUCAUGGCCUCCGGUUCUACCACAUUCACAAAGAUUGUAAAUAAAUGGAACACAGCAUUGAUUGGUUUAAUGACCUAUUUCCGUGAAGCUGUCGUCAACACACAAGAGUUAUUGGACUUGUUAGUGAAGUGUGAAAAUAAAAUACAAACUCGUAUUAAGAUUGGCUUAAACUCUAAAAUGCCUAGUCGAUUUCCUCCAGUCGUAUUCUAUACACCAAAAGAAUUGGGAGGUUUAGGAAUGUUGUCAAUGGGACACGUUUUGAUUCCACAGUCGGAUUUACGAUGGUCGAAACAAACUGAUGUGGGUAUUACUCACUUCCGUUCUGGUAUGAGUCAUGAUGAAGAUCAAUUGAUUCCUAACUUGUAUAGAUAUGUGAUGCCUUGGGAGAGUGAGUUCAUUGAUUCUCAGAGAGUGUGGGCAGAGUAUGCCUUGAAGAGACAAGAAGCCAAUGCUCAAAACAGACGUUUAACAUUAGAAGAUCUUGAAGACAGUUGGGAUCGGGGUAUACCACGUAUCAACACACUGUUUCAGAAAGACAGGCACACACUGGCUUACGACAAGGGUUGGCGUGUACGAACAGAUUUUAAACAAUAUCAAGUAUUAAAACAGAAUCCAUUCUGGUGGACACAUCAACGCCAUGAUGGUAAACUAUGGAAUUUAAACAACUAUAGAACAGAUAUGAUACAAGCUCUUGGUGGUGUGGAGGGUAUUCUAGAACAUACAUUGUUUAAAGGAACGUAUUUCCCAACAUGGGAAGGUCUCUUCUGGGAAAAGGCUAGUGGUUUUGAAGAAUCAAUGAAAUAUAAGAAGUUGACUAAUGCCCAGAGAUCAGGUUUAAAUCAAAUUCCUAAUAGAAGAUUUACUCUAUGGUGGUCACCUACUAUAAACAGAGCUAAUGUAUAUGUAGGUUUCCAGGUACAGUUAGAUUUAACAGGUAUUUUCAUGCAUGGUAAAAUACCAACACUCAAGAUUUCCUUGAUUCAAAUAUUCCGAGCUCAUUUAUGGCAGAAGAUCCAUGAAAGUGUUGUCAUGGAUUUAUGUCAGGUAUUUGAUCAAGAAUUAGAUGCUUUAGAGAUAGAAACAGUACAGAAAGAAACAAUUCAUCCUAGAAAAUCGUAUAAAAUGAACAGUUCUUGUGCUGAUAUACUUCUCUUUGCUGCUUAUAAAUGGAAUGUCUCAAAAUCAUCUCUACUGGCUGAUUCUAAAGAUGUAAUGGAUGGUGCUACAACACAGAAAUAUUGGAUAGAUGUACAGUUACGAUGGGGUGAUUAUGAUUCACAUGAUAUAGAGAGAUAUGCUAGAGCCAAGUUCUUAGAUUAUACAACAGAUAACAUGAGUAUAUAUCCUUCACCAACUGGACUACUCAUUGCUCUAGAUCUAGCUUACAGUCUUCAUAGUGCUUAUGGUAAUUGGUUCCCUGGAUCAAAACCUUUAAUACAAUCAGGUAUGGCUAAGAUAAUGAAAGCUAAUCCUGCCCUGUAUGUAUUACGUGAACGUAUUAGAAAGGGUCUACAACUCUACUCAUCAGAACCUACUGAACCUUAUCUUAGUUCUCAGAAUUAUGGUGAACUCUUCUCUAAUCAGAUUAUUUGGUUUGUUGAUGAUACUAAUGUCUACAGAGUAACAAUACAUAAGACAUUUGAAGGUAACUUGACAACCAAGCCUAUCAAUGGAGCUAUUUUCAUAUUCAAUCCUAGAACUGGUCAACUUUUCUUAAAGAUUAUCCAUACAUCUGUAUGGGCUGGACAAAAACGUCUUGGUCAGUUGGCUAAAUGGAAGACAGCUGAAGAAGUAGCUGCUUUAAUUAGAUCUUUACCUGUAGAAGAACAACCUAAACAGAUUAUUGUAACUAGAAAGGGCAUGUUGGAUCCUCUUGAGGUACAUUUACUUGAUUUCCCCAACAUUGUCAUCAAAGGAAGUGAAUUACAGUUGCCAUUCCAAGCUUGUUUAAAGGUAGAGAAAUUUGGUGAUCUUAUAUUGAAAGCUACAGAACCACAGAUGGUAUUAUUUAAUCUCUAUGAUGAUUGGCUGAAAACUAUCUCCUCGUAUACAGCUUUCUCUCGUUUAAUUUUAAUAUUACGAGCUUUACAUGUAAAUAAUGAUAGAACUAAGAUAAUAUUAAAACCUGAUAAAACAACUAUAACAGAAGCUCAUCAUAUUUGGCCUACACUUACUGAUGAAGAAUGGAUGAAACUUGAGGUUCAACUCAAAGAUCUUAUCUUAGCAGAUUAUGGCAAAAAGAAUAACGUUAAUAUUGCCUCUUUGACUCAGUCUGAGAUUCGAGAUAUUAUUCUGGGUAUGGAGAUCUCGGCACCAUCAGCACAGAGACAACAGAUUGCCGAGAUCGAGAAACAGACAAAAGAACAAUCACAGUUGACUGCUACUACAACUCGUACAGUCAAUAAACAUGGUGACGAGAUUAUCACAUCAACAACCAGUAAUUACGAGACAUCGACUUUCUCCUCCAAAACAGAAUGGCGUGUUCGAGCUAUAUCUGCUACUAAUUUACAUUUACGUACAAAUCACAUCUACGUUUCCUCAGAUGACAUAAAAGAAACUGGCUACACGUACAUUCUACCCAAAAAUAUCCUGAAAAAAUUCAUCAUUAUUUCUGAUUUAAGAGCACAGAUUGCUGGUUAUUUAUAUGGAUAUAGUCCACCUGAUAAUCCACAAGUAAAAGAAAUCCGAUGUAUUGUUUUACCACCACAAUGGGGAACACAUCAAACAGUUCAUUUACCUAAUAUACUACCUGAUCAUGAAUAUCUUAAAGAAAUGGAGCCGUUAGGAUGGUUACAUACACAGCCUAAUGAAUUACCCCAGCUUUCACCUCAAGAUAUUACAACACAUGCCAAAGUUAUGGCUGAUAACACAGCAUGGGAUGGUGAAAAAACGGUUAUUAUUACAUGCAGUUUUACACCAGGUUCGUGUUCUCUGACAGCCUAUAAAUUAACUCCAACAGGUUUUGAAUGGGGUCGACAGAAUAAAGAUACGGGUAAUAAUCCCAAAGGUUAUUUACCCUCACAUUAUGAACGGGUACAGAUGUUAUUAUCUGAUCGAUUCCUCGGUUUCUUCAUGGUGCCGUCCACUUGUUCCUGGAAUUAUAACUUUAUGGGUGUACGACAUGACCCCAACAUGAGAUAUGAACUCCAGUUGUCAAAUCCUAAAGAAUUUUACCAUGAGGUUCAUCGACCGUCUCAUUUCUUAAACUUCAGUACAAUGGAAGAUGCAGAAACAAUUGGUGCUGAUCGCGAAGAUAUGUACGCUUAAUGAGAAAUUGUUGAUUUUGUACAUAAUGUAUAUAAGUAGUUAUCUAUACGGCCUAGAAAUUCACUAGAUCUCAAAAUCUUAUUUGCAUGCAGAUUUUUGCAGUACAUAAACAUAUGAAUCCUUUAGCUCAAAAAUAUCUAUAUUUCCUCCUUUAAGAUGACCCUUGUGAUGAAGUUGAGGAAUAGAAAACCUGAUCAAAGAUUUCAAUCAAUAUUGUCUCAUGAACUUGAGGAAUAGAAAACUCUUUCUAUAUCAUUUGAAUCAUUGGAGAUUCUUGCAACAUUUUAGCCAAAUUUUCAACAAUUUGUUGGACAUUAGUAGAUAAACUCUGCAAAUUCACUUUGAAUUACAUGUAAUUUUCUGCACAUUUCCUUUAAAAGGUGAAUUAUAGAAGAUUCUUGUGAAAUCACUGAAUUCUUAGGCCUGACUUGUCUUAUAUUUUAUCAUUAUGACAUCUUUAUUAUGAGUAAUAGCGAGAAAACAACAGCAAUGCCAGAAAAUGCAAUUUGUACAUAAAACGUACUAAAAUAAGAUCACAUGAAGAUUGAUCUAUACUUUAUUUGGGAGAAGAAAUAUUUUGAUUUUUAUCUAAAAGAAUGUUUUAUUCAGAUAUUCCGAUUUAUAUUUUAUGAUCAUCCAUUUUCAUGAAAGGUUAUGUAUCCUCUCUUCAUUUAUAUCAAGAUCAAACAAAUUUUCUUUUGUCAAGUGUACAAGUAUUACUUAAGUCUAUAUUAAUUUAUGUUCUGGAUUUAUUCUUUUCCUUAAACACUUAACACCACCAUACCCUACUUUCACAUAACACUAAGGCCAAAACUUUUUAAUUUUGAGUUCUUCAAGUUCUUGAUAAAUAGGUCUCAGUUCUCUUGAAGUUUAUAGUUACAAAACUUAUAAAUUUGAACUCAAGAAGCACAACCAAAUAUCUUUUGUUUGUAAAUAAUAUUUUAAUCCCCCUGGAAAGUGUAAGCAAAAUUUUAAUAGAUAUUCCUAUAGAACAAAAAUUUCAAACUGGGUUGGCCUUGUUGUGUUAUUUCUUUCUUUCUUUAACUCGGCUGUAACCGCACUUGAAAUAAUUUCCGUGAUUUUAUUAACACAAAAUAUUUUGAAGUUAAAGUCAAGAAAUACUGGACACGGUUAGAAAUCAAAGUAGGAGUGGGUGACUGUACAUUUUAUAAUAACAUAGAUUUUUCAACCGAUUUCAUGUAAAAGUGGCUGAAUAUAAAAUUGCUAGAUACUCCAUAUUGGCUUUGUUGUAGAGGACUUGUGUUUAUAAAGGUAUAGUAAAAGCGAGAACCUUUAGUAAGAAAUACAGGCUAGACUUUAUCUCAAAGAUAAUUAAAAUAAACUUUAAAAAACUGAUAUAUGGAAGACCUGCAAAUUGAGUGACUGAAAUGAAUGCCCUAGAAAACAAUGUAUUUGUAAUAAAAUUAAUCAAAGAAAAUUAAAACCUUGAACAAACUGCUAGAUUAAUAAAAUAAUAAAAAUGAAUUGAAAGAUUUUAUACAUGUAUAUUUGUAUGUAACCCCAGGUAUGACCUACUCGUACAUCCUGUAUGCCCCUCCAUUAAAUUUAAGUUUGUUGUAAAGCUUUUCUCUUCAAAAUAAAAUUACUCUAAGAGGCCAUUUUCAUAUCCUUCAGUAGUACUUCAUUCCAUUUUACAAGUAUAAACAUGAAGCUGAUGUUAAAUCACCUGACUUCAUCAAGCUAUUCACUCUUCAUGUAUAAUCAUGUAGAUAAUAUUUUCAAUAUUAAAAGUGCUAGUUGUAUAUCACACUAGAUAUAAAUCAUUGUAUAUACUAUAAUACAUGCUAUUUGUCUAUAAAUAAAUGUAAUAAAAUAUUGAAUCAAUGUGAAA